ACUCGGGCCUCUUUAGUAACGGAAACAGUAGAGGAGACUUUAAAUAUGGAGGCCUCGGGUUCUGGGUCCGGGGAGUCUUCUGCAGUAGAAGCUCCAGGGUCUCAGGACGAUCGGCUAUUCCUGAUUAAAGGUGGAAUUUUCCUUGGUUCUGCAGCCGCAGCGGGAAUGCUAGCUGGAUUUGUUACAACAUUAUCACUAGCUAAAAAGAAAAGCCCCGAAUGGUUCAAUAAGGGCACUAUGGCCACGGCUGCCUUACCAGAGAGUGGGUCUUCCCUUGCCCUGCGAGCCCUGGGCUGGGGUUCUCUUUAUGCCUGGUGUGGAGUUGGCGUGAUCAGUUUUGCAGUGUGGAAAGCCUUGGGAGUUCACAGCACCUGCUCGUGAGCCCCACUGUGGAGCACAGCCCCGCCCCUCUCUGCCUGUGGUCACUGUCUGCUUGCGCACUGACAAGCUUCCUGUCUGGUCUCCCAGCCUCAUCGUUACUUCCCCUUCAUUUUCCCCCACAUGGCAGCCAGAGAUACUUUUAAAAUGUCAGUCAGAUGGAUCAUGCCCUUCAUUUAAAAACCGUCCAUGGCUUCUGUUAAAAGGGCUACUGAUGGAGCCUCACUACCUCUCUGACCACACCCAGACUCACCACAGUCCGCCGCCCCAGCCGCCGCCGCUCCUCAGUGCUGCCCGAUUAUUGGGUGAUACUGCAGCGCCGGGCUUCUUAGCUUUUCCACCAGAGAAAAGUUUGCGUGGCCUGGGUACACGGGAACAUAAAAUGGUUACAUAAAUCAAACUUGCACUCUAGUACGUCCUUUUCUUUUUUUAGUGGUUAGUCUGAGUGGUUUUUUCACAUUAAAUCAACAAUUUAUGAAUAUGAUGCAAAAAAAAAAUUGAUUUGGAGAAUUUACCAGAGGAGCGGGCCAGUUUGGUUUUUCAGUGUUUAAUUCUGUAACGGGGGUGGGGUGUGUUCUAAGUGCUUUCUGAGGAGAUUCUCUCCCUAUACCUGUAUUCUACUUAGAAGGCCUGACUCGGACAGAGGAAAAUACUUUUGGGCUCUACUAUUUGUAAAGGCCCUCACUUGAGGAUCACUUUAGUCAGUGAACAACACAAUGAGAUUUUUAACUUAAUUUAAAAAAAAUUACAGUUUUCAUGUUAUGGAUUUCAAACCACAAAUAAAACUUCUGAUUGUUUUCUUCAGAGUGCCCUCCAUGCGGGACCUGCAGCCACUCCAGGUCAGCCUCCACGCUGGCCCUGCCCCCUUAGCAGCCCUGUGUCCCUCAUUGAGGAUGUCCUCUGCUGGCCUUGUCACGAUUUCUCACAUUUUAAAUAGUUUUGAAGGAUUAAAACAUUCUCUCCGCUACCAAGCCUUUGUUCUAUUGUGUGUCCAGCGCUAUGAGUGUGGUAUGUGUUGAUGCUGUCUCCAGUUGACUGUGGCAGAGGUUUGAGAAAGGCCUAAGAAAAGUAGUGAAGAUGCCCUUAGUCCAUUUGUAACUUUUCUUUUCUUUUAUUUCUUCAUUAGCCUUCCAUGCAGCCCCUAAGGGGCCAAUCAUCACCCCAUUUUCUUCUCCCUUGAGUAUCCCAGCACAAUGAGGUCCUAGCCUUCUCAGCCACUCUCCCUAGCCCUCCAGUGUCCUAACUCGGGUCCGGAGUGAUUUACUGAACCCUCUCCUCCAUAGGUACUCACUGAAUCCCUGUCCCUGUGCCCAGAUCUGUCCUCGAGGACAGGAGUGUGCUGAUAAAUACAGUGACUCCGCUCUGCCAUAUCUGUAGCACUUUCACACUGAACUGCUGGGACAGAUCAUGUCAUGGGCUACAAAGAGCAGCGCUGACAUGGGGUUUAAAAACCCAGCUCAGCUUGGAGGGCUGAGGAGGUCUGCAGUAGAAGGGUAUUGACUAGACUCUGAAGAUAUUGAUCAGGAAGGUAACAGAGCUGGCCCUGAGAGUCCAGGUGGAAUGACUGAGGAUAGCAGCGUGGUGGCAGUUGUUGACAGUCAGGGUCUGUACUGCUGGUCCUGGUUCCUGACUUCUCUCUCCUAAGAGAUGUAAUCAAAGGCAUUGAGGUAGCAUCCUGCCUUAACUGUAACAUUACAUUGCAUUUUUUAAUGGGUAAUUUGAAUUAGGCCUCCACUUGAAAGGAGGAAUGAGUCACCUGAGAGAGAAGGCCAAUGGUGCUAUCUGGUGGCAUCUGGCUGUGCACCCUUGGGUGGUCCUUCCUCUGCUCAGGGCCAUGAGUCUGCCUGUGUUGUGCUUGCCUUCUUAGUGUGAGACUUACUAUAAAUAGGAAGCUACUUUGUUUUGGGUAUUCUUUAUUUUACAAUGUUGUCAUUUUUCCCUCUCCAAAUUGAUUUAGCUGUGACUGAGGGGAAAGACUGAAGAGGCGGCUGCCAUAGAGAUUGUAUUUCUGAAGAGGCUUGAUCUCUAGAAAGAAAAUGCCUGUCGAUAGAAGCUGUCCAGCCAAGAGUCUUUGUGUCCUUGAAUCUCACACUCAAGAGCACUCAUCCUAGAAAACAGCUUGACUGGUCAAGAGAAUCAUUACAGAAAGGAGGUGGGGACAGUUGUCAGGCUAAAUCUCUCAAGUGAGAAGUAGAACAAAA